UUGGGCAGUUGAUGACAAUUCAAUCGCCGCCAAAACACCGAUCCUGCUCUUUUCUUUGCCGCGCAGGUUGUACGUGUAUAUCAAAGCCGGGUCCCCGUCUUCUGCCGCAUCCGGGUCCUGUCUUCCUUGACUCUCUGAAACCUACAGUAUACAUACUACCACAGCGCCACCUAGUCGCGCUUAGGGAAUUUCGCCCGCGCACAUCUGCAUCUCGCCUCCCCAUCCGAAGGCACCUUGCAGAGCUCAGAGUUCUUUCCUCGGUAGUACAUACCACUACCUCAGGCACUCACCUCCCCACCCACCUUCCCAAGGUGGUACCUAAUCCGGUCACGCCACCGACUCAAUUUCAAUCCACACACCAAACAUGAGACUCACGUCCUUCUUCCUCGCGGCGGCGCUCCUCAGCGACGCGGCCCUCGGCGCCCUCGGCGCGCCGCCUCCCGUGGACCUUGCGAAGCCCCAGUCGGUGCAGAUUCAUGAGCGCGACGAGGCGGCGCCCGAGGAGCUCUGGAAGCGCAAGGGCGGCGGAGGCGGCGGCGGUCGCGGAGGCGGUGGUGGCGGUCGCGGCGGAAGCAGCGGUAGUGGUGGCGGGCGCGGAUCAUCCGGAUCGGGAUCAAACCCUUCUCGUCCCGUCCCGGCACCGGCCUACGGCGGCGGCAGAUUCUACGGCGGCGGCGCGGCCACGCCCUACCGGGCCGGCAGCCGGUCGCCGUCGGGCAUCGUCCCCGUCUUCUUUGCGGCCAGCGCCCUCGCCUUCUGGCCGGGCCUGUGGCUCUACGGCGCCCACAUCUACCGCUUUGACGACGAGUAUGAGUUCUUCAACGUGACGUCGCAGCGCACCGAGUCCAAGCCGGUCGAGUGCGCCUGCGCGCAGAACGCCGACUGCGGAUGCGACGAGAACCGCGACAAGGACUACCUCGACGACCUGAUCGGCAACGGCAGCUACGCCGCCCUCAACAAGACGCUCGUCAACGUCGCCGACGUGAACGGCACCAGCACGAUCCUCGUCAACGGCACCCUCCCCGACGGCACCGCCGCCUUGGCCGGGAACGCCGCCGGGGGUGGCCUGCGUGCUCUGCUGCACCACGCCGGAUGGUGGCCCGUCGUCGCCACCGUUUGCGCUAUCGUCCUGACGGCGUAGAAGGCUGGCCUUGUACUUGGUUCGAGUUUUGCAAAGCUUUAAGAAACUCGUGUAUAUCCUCAAUCGUUUGCUGACGGCGGCUUUUUGUCUUCCUUCUUUCGGUACUGGUUAUACCCAUGAUAACGAGGCGUUUUUUAGGG